CUCAACCUCACCGACGUCUGCGGGCCAGGGACGGUCUCGCGCUCGAUUAAUCUGCGUCUAUUUAUACGGCCUCCUCUAGAAAUGGCAUUCUUCACGCGACCACAAUCGGCCAAUGCCGCGGUCAAAAUCGUCCGCCCUUCAGCUACCGAAGAGGGCGAGAUAGUGCAGACCAAGGCAGCAUCACCACGCAAAGAUUCAGUGCAGAGGCAAUGCCGGAAUAUCAUGAUAUACGGAUCGUGUAAAUUUGAGGACAAAGGAUGUGUGUACUAUCAUCCGCCGGGGCCGGACGCUGUUGCAAUCGCUCCGCGAGCAGAAUCGCCGGCAAAGCAAAUCAUCACUACGUCUCUUUCUGCCCAGGCUGUCAACGCUCCCGUCUUUGUCCCCAAAUUCCCUGGCCGAAUUCAAACCGACACACCUCCACCUGCUAGCCCGCCGGUGGCAUCGCCCGAGUCCGCUUCGGACGAUCCAGGCGUGGUAUACGAAUACCCCGCACCCACUGCAGUUGGGGGCACCCAAAUGCAGGAUAUCUCAUCUAGCGAGUAUUAUCCGGAUCCUGGUUACGACUCGUACGAAUCUGUGGGCGACCAUUCGUAUUACGUGCAACCCCCUGUCUUUGUGCGACAACCAUUAAAUUACCACCUGUAUUCAAGCGCAAUCCCCCCUGGAUUCUUAAGGACACCUUCCGACACUCAUUUCGUUCCUUCUUCUACCGAGCUACGCACAUUGCUCCAGCGACGCAGUGAAGAUGUCCACAUGGGCUUGCCUCCCGGACUCAACUUACCGGACGAGAUGCAAGGAUACCAUUCGCUCGUGCCACUCGAGAAUCUAAACGGGGAACGGCGCAAGUUUGGAAACUGGAGCUCAGCCGUUUAUCGAGCUGUAAACUCGGUUGACGGCUGCACCUAUGCACUGCGCCGAAUUGAGAACUUUCGCCUUGGCAACCCAGCUGCCUUCAGUACCAUCGAGACCUGGUCAUCCAUACGACAUCCGGGAGUUGUGGUCAUCCAUGAAGCGUUCACAACACACGCUUUCGGUGACAGUUCGCUCGUGGUCUCCUAUGCCUACCAUCCCAAAGCACAGACCCUGUUUGACCGGCAUCUUAAGCUGACCCCCCCGGCGUACCAACCCGGCACUCAAUUUCAGCCGCCGCCAGUGCAAUCGCAGGUCCCAGAACGAACUCUGUGGUCGUACAUAGUCCAACUCGCCAGUGCGAUCAAACGUGUGCAUGACAUGGGUCAGGCUCUCAGGAUGAUCGACGUCACCAAGGUUUUGGUCACAGGCAAUAAUCGGAUCCGGGUCAGCUCUUGCGGGAUCGUGGACGUACUGAUGUACGACACACCGCAAGACAUCCAGCUUCUCCAACAGGAGGAUUUGACCAUGUUUGGGCGCCUGGUCUUCGUUCUUUGUACUGGAAACGUGGUGGCUUCAAGUGGCAGCAAUUUCCAGAAGAGCCUGGAAGUGAUGGGCAGGAUGUACAGUCCCGAAGUCAAGGCGGUGGCGCUCUUUCUCAUCAACAAGAACAGCUCUCACAAGAGCAUUUCCCAGCUGCUGGAAAUCAUCAGUUCCAGAGUUGCGGCUGAAUUGGGUGAUGCUCUUUCCGCAACAGAUGUUCUCGAGAACGAGCUCAUGGGUGAACUGGAGAAUGCUCGCCUCGUCCGUCUGCUGUGCAAAUUUGGUUUCAUCAAUGAGCGGCCUGAAUUUGCGUUGGAUCCCAGAUGGUCUGAAACAGGAGACCGGUACAUCAUCAAGCUCUUUCGGGACUUUGUUUUCCAUCAAGUCGACGAAAACGGCAAUCCGGCGGUCAAUCUGGGGCAUGUACUGACAUGUCUCAACAAGCUCGAUGCCGGCUCAGAGGAGAGAAUCAUGCUGAUUGCUCGGGAUGAGCAGAGUUGCUUGGUCGUCAGCUAUAAGGAAAUCCUCUCCUGUGUAGAGGCUGCUUUCAAGGAUCUCGCGCGCGCGGGACAUAGCAUUAAUGUUGGCGGAGGGUAUCGAUGAAGAUGGGUGGAUAAAAUAGCAAUCUAGAAAAAGACUCGAAAAUCACAACAAACAAAUGUCUGCGAGCACAUGUCUCUCACAGAGCUCGUACCUGAAAACUCGAAACCUGUUGCCACCAGGUGGGUCGUGUCAGUACAUUUUAAUCUCCGCCUCCGCGUGUACACGCUACUAUGACUAUUAUGCGUCUGUCGGAUUAACAAUGGUUGUUAAUGGUCUGGAUCAUGCCGUUUUAGGACAGGAAAUGGACUUCACUUCAAGUGCUGCCGCUCGUGGUGUCCCUGAGCGUCUAAUACACGGUUCUCCCGAUGCCAGCUUUCUGUCUUCCCUGAUAUUUCUGGGGGUGCCCGCCUCGAUUGGUGCACAGCGAGGCCGUUAAGCGCCCAGAAGUGCGAUUCCGGGGAGCACCAUCGCAGUGCCACCUUGAGAUUCUUUUAUUUAAAGUGCUUGAGCAGCAGGUCAUCUCGUCUUGUAUCCCAUCGUUAUGCCAGCAGACAAACAGCGCAGCUCGAUUCAUGGCAUGCAGCCGAGCGACAAAUAUUUCUUGAGUGGCGGCGAUCUCCACAUCAUGGUCGGAAAUGUGGAAUUUCUUGUACACCGUCAUUUUUUCGAGCGCGAGUCCGAGAUGUUCAAGUCCGUUAUCGCGUCCUCGCCGGCUCCGGGAGAGAUUCGAAAGGGCUCUAGCCGGCUGAACCCCAUCAAGCUCGAAGAUGCGACGGUUGAAGAGUUCGAGACCUUCCUGUGGGUCUUCUAUAAUCCGCGGUAUUCGAUCUACGAUGCAACCAUCGAGGAGUGGAGCACGAUCCUCCGACUCGGUCACGAGUGGGGCUUCGCUGAGGUGCAAAAGCUUGCUGUCCGGGAACUCGAGAAGCAUCCACACUCUAAAUCACUCACCUCCAUCGACCGGAUCGUUCUGUAUCGCAGGCACGGCGUUCCAGAAGAUGUGCUCGUCCCAUACUAUGCCGCCAUCUGUGCUCGGGGGACUCCGCUCGAGUACGAGGAGUGCCAGAAAUUGGGAAUGAAGCCAGUUGUCGCGAUUAACCAAGCAUUGCAUGCACUGGCAUAUAAAUGCGACGAAAAAAUGGCUCCACUGGUCUCAAAGAUCGUGGCUCACUCUAAUCAAACCUCGCUGCCUGUGUUAAGCCCUCGCCUGAAGGGAGUCAAUAUGAACGGAUUCGGGAGGGGUAGUGCAUAAUCGAGCUGGCCGGCGGUGCCAAAGUAGAU